AUGCACGUGAUGAUGGACAUGGAAGGGGAACUCCUCUGUUACCCAAGAAAGGGCCCGGGCUUGAAUGAGCAGAAAGGGAAGGAAGUGGCGUCGGAUGUGGCCUUCGGGGAUGCCCAGCACCUGCCCCAGACCCCUGCGGACCGGGGGUUCAUGAGGCAGCCCCUGACGCCCCCGCCUGGUGGCCGGGCACUGUCUCCACAGAGCUGCACACAGGAGAUCGGCGAGGAGCUGGUCAACGGGGUCAUCCAUUCCAUCUCCCUGCGGAAGGUGCAGGCACACCACGGCGCCAACAAGGGCCAACGCUGGCUCGGGUGUGAAAAUGAGUCAGCCCUGAACCUGUAUGAGACCUGCAAGGUGCGGACGGUGAAGGCCGGCACGCUGGAGAAGCUGGUGGAGCACCUGGUGCCUGCCUUCCAGGGCAGCGACCUCUCCUACGUCACCAUCUUCCUGUGCACGUACCGAGCCUUCACCACCACCCAGCAGGUGCUGGACCUGCUGUUCAAAAGGUGA